ACCAAAUCUCUCAGUAACAAGAUACACUGCGGAGAGCUUAAAGAGCAGGUUGAUCAUGGCAUCGCACACCUUACUCUGCGGUUCCGUCUUCCUACUGUUUCUGUUCCCUGCCUCUUCAUUUCCGACCAUUGACUCAAUCAGGGAUCUGAGAGACAUAUGGUACGGCAACAUCUACCCACGACAUGGUCUCUAUCUGCUUUACUGGUUUGUUGACCAAUCAGAGAUCGACAUCAACCACGACAUCAUCCAAACCCAUUUCGAUCCAGCCAGAGGUGACUAUGGCUUUGGUUACUUCAAUAAUAACGACAGUUUCCUCCCAGCUCUGACCGAUCCGAAGAGCCAAGCUUACUACGCAGUGGGGGAUAUCAGUAAAGCUAACUCAUGGGCCUUGCCUGAGUAUGUCACUGAAAACUACUACAACUCACUGAAAUCUGGCAACAGAAAUAGGGACAGGAUCAUAGUCAGGGUUGUCCAGGCAGAAGGGUCAAAUCAGUUCAGGUUGGACGAGGUCUUGGUCACUGAACUUUGUCCACUCAAUGUCAACCAAGCAAAUUCCUUCCAUCCAAAUCACACGUACACCAUUAGCUUCAACCUCUUACGAGAAAUCCAGAUGUUACGGGUCCAUUGGAGGAACGACACAUUGGGCGGUUUGGAGGCAUUUCUGGGGUAAGCUGGCUACCAAACGUGCCCAACACCUGAAUUCCAGGUCUGUUAUGUGAAGUCUAUCCGAUUCCAAAGGCUUCAGAUGGUGGAAAUGAAGACUGAGGACGAUUGUCACCCGCUGAGGCUUGACGUCAAACCAGCUGCGAACGGCUACCUGAAAAUGAGUUGGAGCAACCUACCAAAGUCCAUCAUGGACCGUUACAUGGUUGUGGGGCUUUUCAAGGAUGAUGCUAGUACGACCAAACUAGCCGAGUCCCCCGUCGGCAACGACACGUCCGGAACCUCUGACAUUUUCGUGGCCCUCAAUCCCGGUCUUCAGGUCAGGGUCCUCAAAAAAUCUCCCUGGGACACGACCGAAAGGGAAGUCUGGCGUGGUGCCGAGUUUGAUGAUGCGGACAGUUUGAUUCCUGUCAUCAUGACAGGCUACGAUGCCAGUCUGCAGCUCUACACAAAAAAUGGCUACGCCUGCGCUCGACUGUUUGUGAAGAAGUCCUUCACUGACUGGAAGGACGUGUUUUAUUACUCGUGGGUAGGGUACUACUCUGCGAACAGUGUCAGCAACAAGGAGUACCAAACGUUCCAGUGGGCAGUGUAUUUUACCAAAGACACUCCCUCAGAUGAGAUACCUGAAUAUGAUGUCUAUGUUUAUGAGUCCAGUAUGGCCACUUCUCCAGGUGCCCAGGCCCGAUUCAUGCUGUCGAAAUACAACGAAGUAGCACGUACGGUAGCCUGGGAAAGUCAACCCUAAAAACCAAGCCCUUGAUGAAAUGUUGAGAAUUUUUAUGCCAUGAUGAUGUUGGGGUCUUUGAAGCACAUUUUUAUAUAAAAAGGUAUUCAACUGUUGAAUCAUUGUGGUUAUGUAACUUUAAUCAGACAAUACUGAAAUGUACUAUUUCGAGGAAACAUGAAUUUGAGCCUCGAGUCUGAUCACAAAUCACUUAUUUUUCUUUGGCACCCUUGUCUCAUGAAUAAUUCUGACAUAAUUCUCAAAAUAAAAUUAAAUAGUAAAUCAACUGUACUAAGUAAGCUAUAUCUAUGAUUAACAUGUUCAUAGUGUUAAGUUGAUGAAUAACUGAACAUUGCAAAAAUACAUGAAUCAGUAUGCAGUCAUGUUGAGGUAUGACGCAUUCAACUUUUACAAUACACCUGCAUUUCCAAUUGAUCUUUAAAUACCUGUAAUGCUUAUAAGUUUUCUAUAUAGUGGUGCAAUUGUAGCUUGACUGUUUUUAUAUAGUGCUGCACGUGGGGAGUGUGAAUUCCCCAGAUGAUCUGUUUAUGAAAUAAAUAGUUAAGUCUGUUAAGACCAAUGCUUAAGGUCCAUGACCUGAAGCAGCAAUGUAAUCACUGUUUUUUUGCAAUAAACAUUAGCAUUAUACCAAGUUAAAACUAAUCUGAAAUAGCAUGAUUAACAGGGAUCUGUUCAUUUGUUAACGCAAACAUUCUGAAUUUUAAUAAACAAACCUCGUUUAUGGGUGGUAACAAAUAUGUAAUGCGACUCAGUUUCUAUGUUAACAUGGUAACGGGGAAUAGGCGUGCGUCACUGUAUCGGCCUAUCACACUGUC